UCAGGCUUCACGCCGGCACGCUCGACAGCAGCUGGACUCCCAGCAUGGGCACCAAGUUGAGUAGCGCUGAGACUCGAGAGCGAGCUGGAAUAAUUGUCAAUUCACCAUCGAUGUAUGCCCCGCUUCGUCAGGAAAGAAACCAAACAUACCCCAAGAACUGGCCAGUAGGAGUCCUGGCGGCGGAAAUAAUAUAGACGGGUGGGAGGGAAGACAUUUUGAGAUAGUUGGUUCUCGAGUUUGGAAAAGGGGGGGUCAAGUACACAAAAAGAGUCUAAUAACUAAUUAUUUAUGGCGUGAGGGUGAAAGCUGUGAGGAGACAUGAGCGAGGGGCGCAAACGCUCCGAUUGGCUGACCACUAGCCAUUGUUCGCUGGCUCGGGGUUGGCUCAUUUGAGAUCCGGCCGGCGGCAUGUUUCCAAAUCCAGAUGCCUGCAUUGGUCGGCGAAACAAAACUCCGAUCCUGCGCCAAGACGUUAACUUUUAUGGAUAGCUCCAACUCCAGGCAGAGAUACGCGCGCGCGCCCAAAGCUCGACUCGGAACCGCCUUGCUUGCUGGACGCAUCUGUCACCAUGGACGACCUAUACGACGAGUUUGGAAACUUUAUUGGCGAGGCUGGAUCUGACGACGACGUGCAAUCUUCCGGGGACGCCGCGGAUGCCUACGUACUCGACGACGAAGCCGAUGAAGAUGAGGCGCACGACCAACAGCUGAUGGAGGUGGACGACGGACCCUCAAAUGCUAUUGUCCUACACGAGGACAAGCAAUACUAUCCUUCAGCGUCCGAUAUCUACGGUCCCGAUGUUGAAGUGUUGGUCCAAGAGGAGGAUGCGCAGGAGCUGUCGAAGCCCAUCAUUGAGCCUGUGGUACAGAAGAAGUUCACAGUGCAAGAGACAGAUCUACCGCCAGUCCACUUUUCGCGCAACCUCAUGACAGAUCUCAUGAAUUACCCAGACCAAAUACGAAACGUCGCGAUCGCUGGGCAUUUACACCAUGGAAAGACCGCCUUCAUGGACAUGCUGGUCAUGGAAACACACGAUAUCCAGGAUCGUUUAGAUUCAAAGAGGGGGAAGAAGAGGGAAGAACAGUUGCGAUACACGGAUGUACAUGUCGUAGAGCGCGAGCGCGGUCUUUCCAUAAAGGCAGCUCCCAUGACUCUGGUUCUCCAAAAUACAGCACAGAAGUCGCAUCUGAUCAAUAUUAUCGAUACACCUGGCCAUGUCAACUUCGCCGACGAAGUCGCCGCGUCGCUACGCUUAGUCGACGGUGUGGUGCUCGUGGUGGAUGUGGUUGAGGGUGUGCAGGUCACGACUGAACUUGCUAUCAAACACGCCAUCUUGGAGGACUUACCCUUGACUUUGGUAGUCAACAAGAUGGAUCGCCUGAUCCUGGAGCUGAAGUUGCCCCCGCGGGAUGCCUAUUUCAAGAUCAAGCAUGUGAUUGAGGAAGUUAAUACAGUCAUCGAGAACACCAUACCCGGUCGUGGAGAGAAGCGACGCGUGAGCCCUGAAAAAGGCAAUGUCGCUUUCGCAUGUACAAGCAUGAGGUGGUGUUUCACCUUGCACUCGUUCGCGAAAAUGUACGCCGAGUUCUAUCCUGGUCCCGCGAAAGCCCCUGGAUUCGGCAAGCCUAUGCAAAAUCUCGACGUUGACAAGUUCGCCGUUCGCUUGUGGGGUGACAUAUUUUACAAUCCGACAAGUCGGAAAUUCAGUCGAAAGGCACAAGAAGAAAGGGCUCAACGAUCUUUUGUACACUGGAUACUGGAGCCUAUCUACAAACUUUACUCACACACUUUGAGCGAGAGCGCCGAAGAUUUGAAAGAUACAUUGGACCAGCUUGGUAUCAGGCUGAAGCCUUCCGAGUACAAGACAGAUGCAAAAGAGCUCAUGAGACUAGUUUGCCAACAAUACUUUGGCCCUUCGACAGGUUUCGUGGAUAUGCUCGUCAAGCACGUUCCAUCACCCACAGAGGGUGCAAAGAGACUACUCGAGAAGCACUAUACUGGUCCUUUGGACAGCAAAACGGCCGAGUCGAUGGAAAAGUGCGAUCAAGACGGUCCUUUGGUCGUGCAUGUUACAAAACUAUUCAACACAACAGACGCCAAAUCUUUCCACUGCCUGGGACGCGUAUUGAGUGGAAUAGCCAAAGCAGGGACAUCAGUACGGGUGCUGGGUGAGGGCUACACCAUUGAAGAUGAAGAAGAUAUGGUGGUUGCCACAGUUGCCGACACAUGGAUUGCUGAGUCUAGAUAUAAUGUCUGGACCAGUGGGGUACCAGCAGGAAAUUGGGUGCUCCUUGGUGGUGUCGACAACUCUAUCGUGAAGACCGCCACUAUAGUUGCGCAAAAACUGCCUGACGAUGAAGACGCCUACAUCUUCCGCCCCAUCCGCCAUUUCUUCGAGUCCGUCUUCAAGGUUGCUGUAGAACCAAUCAACCCAUCCGAACUGCCCAAGAUGCUUGACGGUCUCCGAAAAAUCAACAAAUCCUACCCACUCAUCACUACCAAAGUCGAAGAAUCAGGUGAGCAUAUUGUUCUCGGAACUGGCGAGCUCUACAUGGACUGUGUGCUGCAUGACCUUAGAAGGUUAUACGCGGACAUGGAGAUCAAGAUUUCAGAUCCCGUUACCCGCUUCUGUGAAACAGUCGAGGAGAUGUCUGCCAUCAAGUGCUACGCGCUCACGCCCAACAAGAAGAACAAGAUCACCAUGAUUGCAGAGCAGCUGGAGAGCGGAAUUGCCGAAGACAUAGAAGCAGGCAAAGUCAGCAUCAAAGAUCCGGUACGCGUUGUAGGAAAAUUCUUCGAACAAAACUACGGCUACGACCUCCUCGCCUCCCGCAAUAUCUGGGCUUUCGGCCCCGAAGAAAUGGGUCCCAACAUCCUCCAAAACGACACUCUACCAUCAGAAGUCGACACAAAGACGCUGCGCUCCGUGCGCGACACCAUCCGUCAAGGCUUCAGCUGGGCCACGCGCGAAGGCCCGCUCUGCGAAGAGCCGAUUCGAAACACCAAAUUCCGCAUCACCGAUGUGGAGUUGGCGUCCGAAGCCAUCUUCCGCGGCGGUGGUCAAAUCAUCCCUACGAGUCGACGAGCUUGCUAUUCCAGUUUCUUGAUGGCGAGCCCGCGCUUGAUGGAGCCCGUGUACAGCUGUAGGAUGAUUGGACCUGCGGAUAAGAAGGCCAGUUUAUACACUGUUCUUUCGAAGCGUCGCGGCCAUGUUCUCUCUGAUGAAUCUAUCGCCGGUACUCCGCUUUACAACGUCCGAGGUCUUAUCCCUGUCAUCGACUCGUUUGGUUUUGAGACGGAUCUAAGGAUUCACACCCAAGGCCAAGUCUCCCUCUCCCUUGCCUUCGACAAGUGGCAAAUUGUGCCCGGUGACCCUCUCGAUAAAGAUCUCAAGCUGCGACCCCUCGAACCUGCCGACGCCCGGGCCACGGCCCGCGACUUUGUGCUCAAGACACGCCGCAGGAAAGGUCUUGCAGAGGACGUGAGCAUUGGAAAGUUCUUGGAACCCGAGCUGUUCAGGAGCUUGAAGGAAAGCGGGGUUUUGGAUGGUGGUUCGUAAGCUUGCUUGCUAGGGACUAGAUCGGAGAAUAGAGAAUAUGAGAGCGACUGGGAUAAUGAAGAGGUGGUGGGUACUGAUGCUGAUAUCGGCAGUACUAGGCUUGGAAGCUAUGGAUCAAUGUGUCGGAAAGUGACUGUAUCUGUACACCU